GCCCCGGGCCGCCCGCGGGAAGCCUCCUGCAGGGGCUCCAGUCGGUGUCUGCCGGCUGCGAGGCACCGCGUCCCGGACAGGGCCUGGGCUGCCCACCGCAGGCGUGUGCUGGAGGGAGGCCAGGCACUGGCCACUCCCGAGGACAGCGGCUAAACUGGCCGGCCCGCGAGCUCCCCCUUGGGCUGGGCCGGUGCAGUCCAUCCUGCCCUGACCGCCGGCCUCAGUGAGCCCCACACCCCAGGGGCUCCACCUUCCGCCUCCUGCGGCUGGGAGGCCCGGUGUUGAGGUGAAGGGGUCAGUGAAUGACACCCAGCUGCACUCAGACAACUGCUGGGGCAGCACCACGGGACCAGAGGUGGACGAGAGGCACCGACAGCCUUGCUCCGUGAGGGCCCUUCCUGUCCUGGGACUGGACUCAGCCACGACCUGUCUCCUGCAAUCUUGGACGCUGCACGUGUCGGUGAACAAGGAGAGGUUGAGAUUACAAGUACUCACCACAGGCCAAGAGCAUAAAACACUGAACGUUUAAUCCAACAAGACACUUGUAAUGCAAACACUGUUGCAAUAAUAACUGAAUGGAGAGAUGCAGGGUGUAAGGGGACUGCGAGGCUUGGUGAUACUGAGAUGUCGGGGCAGGCACCGUGGUGUAGCAGGUAAGGUGGCCACGUGCCGCGCCAGCAUCCCACAUGGGCGCAGGUUCGAGUCCCGGCUGCUCCUCUUCCGAUCCAGCUCUCUGCUAUGGCCUGGGAAAGCAGUGGAGGAUGGACCAGGUCCUUGGGCCCUGGGCCCUGCACCCACAUGGGAGACCCAGAGGAGGCUCCUGGCUCCUGGCUUCGGAUUCGUGCUGUUCUGGCCUUUGUAGCCAACUGGAGAGUGAACCAGGAUGUAAGACCUCUCUCUCUCCCUCUGCCUCUCCUCUCUGUAAUUCUUACUUUCAAGUAAGUAAAUAAAUCUUUUAAAAAUAUGUCAAUUCUCUGCGAAUGGUCCAUAGAUUCAUAGAACCCCAGUUAGCACCACAGAAGGGGUUUUUAUAUGAAAUGUUGUGGUUAUUCAAAACCUUCUCCGGGGAAGAAAGGAAGUGGGGUGACCAGAACACUGAGGGUUCACACUAUGGGAUGUCAACAAAGCCGCAGGCCCAGACUGUACACCAGGGCCCUGGGGUCCACACACAGGCCCCACAGUGCACACCAGGGCCCUGGGGUCCACACACAGGCCCCACACACAGUGCACACCAGGGUCCUGGGGUCCACACACAGGCCCCAGACUACACCAGGGCCCUGGGGUCCACACACAGGCCCCAGACUACACCAGGGCACUGAGGUCCACAUUAUGGGAUGUCAACAAAGCCGCAGGCCCAGACUGUACACCAGGGCCCUGGGGUCCACACACAGGCCCCACAGUGCACACCAGGGCCCUGGGGUCCAUAUACAGGCCCCACAGUGCACACCAGGGCCCUGGGGUCCACACACAGGCCUCACAGUGCACACCAGUGCCCUGGGGUCCACACACAGGCCCCACAGUGCACACCAGGUCCACACACAGGCCCAGCGUGUGUAUGCAAAUGAUGUUCAGGGCGGACUUACAGGCAUUGCCGCGAAGAGAGGGUGGGCCGCCCCCACAGGACCCUGGGAAAAUGGAGUUCCCUUGUGUGACCAAUGCCAUGGCGGCUGCGGUCUCGGGGGGAUGCCGACCACCGUCAGCCUGACUGGUGUCACUCUGCAGCCGUGGGCUUCACCCACGGACCGAGCCGGCCCAGGGAGCUGCCCUGAGAACAGGAGAGGAGUGCCGUGGCGAGUCCAGCCCCGCCCCGUGUGCUGUGUCAAAACAAACUCCGCCUCUGCGGCCGCCCCACACAGAACAGCCCUGCAGCCUCGCGGGGGCCACCGUCCACUCUGGUCUGGACCCUGGUGUCAGUGCCCGGAUAAAUGUUUAUUCUUUUCUUUAAAAAUGCUCAUUGGGCCGGUGCUGUGGCAUAGUGGGUAAAGCAGCUGCCUGCAGUGCCCGCAUCCCAUAUGGACGCCAGUUCGUAUCCCUGCUGCUCCACUUCCGAUCCAGCUCUCUGCUGUGGCCUGGGAAAGCAGUGGAAGGUGGCCCAAGUGCUUGGGCCCCUGCACCCGCGUGGGAGACCCGGAAGAAGCUCCUGGCUCCUGGCUUCAGAUCAGCUCAGCUCUGGCCGUUGCAACCAUUGGGGAGUGAACCAGCGGAUGGAAGACCUCUCUCUGCCUCUCUCUAACUCUGCCUGUUAAAUAAACAAACAAAUCUUUUUAAAAAUGUAAUUUAUUUUUACUUAUUUUUCUUGAGAUUAUUCAUUUGAAAGAGUUACAGAGAAAGAGGAAGAGACAGAGGGAGAGACCUCCCAUCUGCUGAUUCUCUCAAAUGGCUGCAGCGGCCCCAGGACCUGGCCACCCUCUACUGCUUUCCCAGGCCAUCAGCGGGGAGCUGGAUCAGAAGAGGAGCAGCCAGGACUUGAACCGGUGCCCAUGUGGGGUGCCAGUGUCACAGGCAGCGGUUUUACCCACUAUGCCACAGCGCCGGCCCUAUUUUUACUUAUUUGAAAGGCAGAGUGACAGAGGUGGGGGUGGGGGACAGACCGUCCGUCAGUCAUCCACCCCCAGGGACAACACGGAGCCGCCUCCUUCGUUCCCAGCCUUGGGACUUCUAGGGCAUCACACGCUCCGUCAACAGGCAAGCUGAUACCUUGGCCACGCGUGACGAUGAACUGAACACGAGUAACAGGCCUAGACGUAGGACGUAAUUCUCCAGGAAAUCCUCGGAGAAGGCACGGGAAGUGGUCUUGUGACCUUGGCUGUGGGAAACGUUCUAGAUAUAAACGCAGAGCACAGCCAUGAAAGGACGCAUGGCUAAGUUAGACUGCGGAGAACCACUACUCUGCGCUUCAGGAAAGGAGAACCGAAAAGCAAGAGGCACCCCUUGGAAGCCACGUUUCUGACAGAGGGGCGGAUUUAGCAAAUAUAAAGAAACCUCAGAACUCAGUCAUCGGAAGGCAACGUUAGACAGAAGACUGGAGAGGUAUGCACACCACGAAAUACACGGCGGCGGACGAACACACGUCACAGGUGCGCAGGGGUGGGCUUCAGGGAAAAGCGACAUAACCACUGGCAAAGCUAAGUGUGCGUCAGAUGUCUCAUGGCGCUACUCAUCCCUUUUAGCUCUGGUCUAAGUUAAAAGACGAAAGUAUUAAACAGAUGGAUGGCGGUCUGCGUUGCGGCUUAGUGGGUAAGACCGCGGCCCACGAUGCCAGCACCCUCGUGGGUGCCAGCUCGUGUCCCAGCUGCUCCACUUCUGACCCAGCUCUGUGCUGUGCCUGCGCAAAAGCAGCGGCAGAUGGUCCCCGGGCUAGGGCGCCUGCUGCCCACAGGAGCAGGGCUCCAGGAGACCUUGAACAAGCUCCUGGCCUCUGGCUUUGGCCUGGCCCGGCUCCUGCCGUUGCAGCCAUUAGGGAGUGAACCAGUGGAUGGAAGACCUCUCCUCUCUGUAACUCUUUAAAAAAAACAAGGAUCGCUUAUUGCUCAUAAUAUUGGAUGUGCAACAAAAAUAUAGAUUCUGAUAUCAAUACCGUAAAUAGGAAGAAAUAAAAGUGUGGAGGUUUUGUAUGCAAUUGAAGUUGUUAUCAGCUGAAAACAGACUGUUACUACCGUAAGAUAUUUCAUGAUAACCACAAAGAAACCACCUUAGUUUUGCUUAUUUUAGAAACAUCUGAAAUCUGCUUCCGCGCGGAUACAGGGUGGCGAUCCUGACUCCUCGCAGGUGGAUGCCCAAUGUCCUGACACCGGAACUGACCGCUGACGCUCUGAAGGCCAGGGAGAUGAUCCCGACCCCUUCCGCACCUGAGGACACAGAAACCCCAUCCCCCACUCCAGGACGCAGUAAGAAGGCCCAGUCUGUGAACCCGGACAAAACAGGGCCAGGCCCCGCCCACCACCUCUGUGUGAGGCCACAGGGACAGGCCCCGCCCACAUUACCAUGUGCGGACACAAUGACAGGCCCCGCCCACCACCGGGUGAGGACACUCGGGUGCCUAGCAACAGUGGAGAAAGCCUGUGACUCUACAGCUCUGGGUUGGGUGGGAACCCCCAUCCUGUGACCCCACGGAACCUGAAGGCACAUGCUACCCCCAACAUCUGUCCCCCAGAGCCUGCAGGCUGCUCCGACCCAGGUGAGUGCGUCAGCCGUGCAGCAGGCGCGGGGCCAAACGCAGAGCCACCAGACUCAGAGGCCGCGUCGGAGGGCCCGGAAACACCCUUGAUUGAAAGCAAGCCGGCCUCGCCGAACCCCAGCCUUUCUGACACCCAGAGAGGCGACAGGGCAGCCACGCAGGUGUGUGACUGACAGGCCACAGGGACCAGCCUUUGUUCCAGAGAGCACUCCGUGAGACACACGGCUUCCAGGCGGCACUGGGGACAGCGCUGCAGCCUGUGCAAAGCACAGGAGCCCCUUAGAGCCCACACCCAGAGCCCAGCUCACGGCCCACCCCACCCCGGGUACCCAGAGCCCAGCUCACGGCCCACCCCCCCGGGGCACCCAGAGCCCAGCUCACGGCCCACCCCCCGGGGCACCCAGAGCCCAGCUCCCGGCAGCCCUCACAGCUCAGCCCCCCCAGGGCACCCGUGUCCAGGCCCCCCCAGCCCUCACAGCUCAGCCCCCUCGGGGCACCCGUGUCCAGGCCCCACCAGCCCUCAUGGCCCUCCCCCCCGGGGCACCUGUG